AGUCAUUAAGUUUUGUUUACUGUAUUAAGACCAAAUACAACGCGAGGCUAGUCAAAUAAAUUAGAAUUCUUUAAAUUAUGAACUUAAUUGUUUUAGUGACUAUUGUUCAACUUAUUGGAUCUGUUUGCUGUUUUAUUUUAUAUCCAUUUAUUGCCGACGACUUUUUGGCAAAAUUCAUCAAUUCUCUCAGCAUCAAUUCUAACAAGUUCAAUGUUAAUUUAAUAAACAAUUCAGUUCCUGGUGAACAAUGCAAUCGCGAAUGUCACUCAAAUGACACGAAAAUUUGUCAUUUUAAGUUCACUCUCGAGUUUUAUCAAAUUCUUGGUGGUGCAUGCAAUAGCUGCCUAAAAUCAAAUCACAGUGACUGUUUUAAUCAACAAUGCAUAGUCGGUGAUGGCAUAGAACGAACAUUUAUGUCAAUAAAUCGACAGCUGCCGGGUCCAGAUAUUCAAGUCUGUAAAAAUGACAUUGUAAUUGUAGACAUAGACAAUGAAAUGGAAGGAACAGCAACAACUAUUCAUUGGCAUGGUCUUUUACAAUACGACACUCCAUACAGUGAUGGUGUUCCUUUCAUUACACAGUGUCCGGUGGCAUUUGCAACGAAAUUUCGAUACAUUUUUUAUGCUGGAAAUAAAGGAACGCAUUUGUAUCAUUCACAUGCAGGUCAACACAAAUCUAAUGGGAUUUAUGGAGCUUUGAUUGUAAGGGAAGAGGUGAAAAAGGAUGCAGAGAAGCUGUUUGAUUACGAUUUACCCGAUUUUUAUAUAUUGUGCAGCGAUUGGAUGCAUAUCAACGCGGAAGAAUUCUUUCCCGGUUUACCAUCAAAAAUUUCGCUUUUUGACAGCAUUCUAAUCAACGGACAUGGACGAUAUCUGAAUAAAACAACUCAAGCACGCAUAAACACACCAAUAACAAUUUAUACAGUCGAGAGACACAAACGUUAUCUAUUUCGACUCAUUAAUGCUGCAUCUAAUGUCUGUCCAUUUCAAUUACAAAUCGAGAAGCACAACAUUACGAUUAUCGCAACUGAUGGAAGUGACAUUGAACCGAUAAGUGUUGACACUCUGUUUGUAACGUCUGGUGAACGAUUUGACUUUAUUGUCAAUACACAAAAUAGUAUUGAAGAUUAUUUUAUUCGGGUGAGGGCAUUGCCGCCUUGCAAUGACACAGUUGAGGAUUUUGCUGUACUAAGAUACAGUAUGGAUGAAGCUAAUCAAGUUAAAAUUGAUUUUUUAAAUCGAGAAGUUCCAAAAACUUUUGAAUUAUUUGAAACACAGAAGACAUUUAAUUAUCCAGGACAAGAUGGAAGUUCAAGUCAAUUUCCAGUUGGAAAAAGUAGAAAAAUAAUCGAAAGCAUCGCCAAUGCUAAACCAGAUGAAGUUUUUUACUUUUUUAUGGCAACACCUAAAAUUGACAAUAAUGUUCUGUUCAGCAAAGGAAAUCAUAUGAAAUAUAUGGUGACCUCGGAUGAAUUGAACAACAACAACAUUGGAACAAUCAACAACAUCAGCCUCAAACUUCCGAAUUUUCCACUCAUGCUUUACCGAAAGUCAAUUAAUGAAUCAACUUUCUGUGAUAAUUCAAGUCUGAAAAAUUGCAUUCAUAAUUCAUCGCUUUGUGAAUGCAUCCAUCGAGUUAAAGUCAAGCUGAAUUCUGUUAUUGAAUUUAAUUUGAUUGACAUUGAGGACAAUUCGAAACAUCCAUUUCAUUUACAUGGACAUAAAUUUUAUGUCAUUGACACUGGAUAUUUUAAUGACACAAAAGCUGAUGUUGUGGAAGUGGUGAAAAAAAGGAGAGGAAACUUAAUGCCAAUUUUAAAAGACACCGUCACGAUACCAAAUGGAGGAUUUGUAAAAAUAAAAUUUAAAGCUGAUAAUCCAGGAUUCUGGCUUGCUCAUUGUCAUUUUGAUUACCAUUUUGCUAUUGGAAUGGGAUUUAUUCUACAAGUUGGAGAAAUGAAUGAGAUGAAGGAGCCACCGGAGGGAUUGAGUGGAGACUGCAAUAAUUUUAUGCCAGAAUCAAUUGAAAUUUAAGAACUGGAAUAAAAAAUUUGAAUUUUUUUUCAAUUUAGUGGACAUUUUUGUAUUAUUUGUUAAACAGAUGACAGAAAAUCAGCACGUCCACAUGAUAAGAGAUUUUCUGCACGUUCCACUAUGAAUGAUUGAAUGUAAACAAGACAAAUGAUUCAAUAAACAAUAACAACUGAUUCUAGCAGCUUCGGGUCAAAUUAAUCUGUUGAAAUAGGCAAAAAGUAAUAUCAAUUGAUGUGUGACUUUAUGAAUCUGUUUUGUAAAUGUUGGGUGUGUCUUCAUUUAAGGAAUGAUUAGGAAGUAAUGCAAAAAUUGACAACUGAUGCAAGUUGAGAGGAUUUUGAAGAACUGGAAUAAAAUGACACAAUUAGACUAAACGACUUUAAAUUGAGAAAUUCCUGGAA